AUGCUUUCUUCCACCGAUCCGCACUUUACUACUGCAAGUACGCAAUCGCCAAAAGCCAUGGGACAUACUUGGCGUACGCCCUCUCCCACCAGGGAGGCCUAUAUCAGCUCCAGCAACGUCAACUCGCCGCAGGUUGUACCUGAAGCUCACGAUGAUCUCUCCGACGAGUAUUCAAGCUACCAGCAACGCAUUGAAAGCCGCGCUUCUGGUACUGCGGCGGUGGAGACUGCAAAGCAUAAUCGACGACGCGACGCAGCAUUGUCACGCCUCUACAACGUGUUCGACGGCAAGAGUGACUCCGGCGACCAGAAGCCAUACAGUCAGACUGUUAGCGCCAACAGCGAGGACAGAGGUGUAGGGCAGCUUGAGCAGCCAUCCACGCCCAAGAAGAACCGCGUUCCGCUCCUUUGGCAUGGACUACCAUCCCCAGAAACGCCGACGUUUCACAACUAUACACGAGCUAUCCCUUCAGCUAGCUCUGCGCAAGAGGAGCUAUCAUGGCAGACUUCCCUCGAGGAGGCCAAGAACGACGUUAAAACUGCCCUAGUGACGGCAAAUCACACUACCAACACGUUUUCGGUACCGGCGCAGUCUCCUGUUGACGAAGACAAUGCGAACGAUGACGGGUUAGAGCCUAUAAUCUCCCAGACUCCCAAGGAUGAUACCGGGGCUGAUGCGAGACUGGCUCGCGAACUUGAAGAGUCUCUGAACCCGACGGCCACACGUCGCAGUACCAGACUGCGCACACAGCCCAAGCCAUCAUACAGUAUUCAAGUACCACUCGCGGCGCCCAAGACUCUUCGCAAAUUGUUGCCCGCGACGAAACCAACGGAGUCUUCGGCACAUCCAGAGUUCAGCUUCAGCACUGAGCCUAUCAAGGCCGACCCUGUACCCUUCAAUGGACUGCCCACUGUUCACUCGCUGUCAUAG